AUGUCUACUCUUCCAUUAACAUAUAAAUACUUUCUCGGUGGUGCUGCUGCCGGUGGUUUCUUAGCGUACUCUUACCAAAAGACUGCUCAAAAGACCCUCGUUGCUCAAUUGCGUGAUGAAUAUGAUGAAAAGUUUUCUGAUGUUUCAAAGGCUGCUUUCAAUAAGGCUAGACAAGCAACCGAUUCGACAAAAAGCGCAUUGAUCCACACCAAGGAUUACACUGCUGACUCGCUCAAAUCUACCAUCAACGAUGCAAGAGACUCGUUCAAGUCAACUAUCGAUAAUUCCAAGGAAGCUAUUGAUUCGAAGGUUAAAGAUGCUAAGGAUACUGUUGACUCCACUAUUGAACAAUCUAAGGAUACGGUAGAAUCAAAAUACAACAAUGCAAAGGAUUCAGUCCAAUCAACAUAUAAUGAUGCAAAGAAUACUGCUGAGGCUUCUUACAAAGACUCUAAAAACGCCGUCGAGGAUAAAUCACAAGAAGUCAAGUCAUCAUGGUUAAGCUGGACAACUUCCAACAAAGAUGACCCUGAAUUAAGAAAGCAAGAGUUGGAUAAAAGAUUGAAACAUUCAUUAUCUGGUUUUGGUGAAAACGCUCAAUUUUUUGCUGAAGAGCAAUUUUCAGACGCUUCCGACUUGCUUCAAAAAACCAAAAACAAAUACUAUGAAACAAAAGCAAACACUGAAGAUUUAAUAAAUCAGCAAGUUGAAAAAGCCAAGGAAGAUUUUGAUUCUGCCAAAAAAGAAUUGGAUUCUUUCACUACCCAUUGGUACCAAUUUGGCAGAAAAGUCGAUGAAAAUGCUAAGCAAAAAGCACAAAAACAAUAUGAAUAUGCUGAAAAUGUUUACAACAACGCAAAGUAUGAGUUAGACCACUUCAAGAAUGCUGUUUAUAAAUCUGCUGAUACCUUUAAAAACGAAUAUAGCAAGCAUUAA